UUGUCUCUCUUUCCCAAUCUUGCUCUUUUGUCUCUUUUCUUUCCCAAUCUUGCUCUUUCUCAUUUCUCCAUAUCAUCUAUUUGUCUCUUUUUCCCAAUCUCGCUCUUUCUCUGUUUCUCCAUAUCAUCUAUUUGUCUCUUUUCCAAUCUUGCUCUUUCUCUGUUUCUCCAUAUCAUCUAUUUGUCUCUCUUUCCCAAUCUCGCUCUUUCUCUGUUUCUCCAUACCAUCUAUUUGUCUCUUUCCCAAUCUUGCUCUUUCUCUGUUUCUCCUUCUCCAUCUCAUUUGUCUCUGUUUUCCCCUAAUUUGUCUCUUUCUCUGUUUCUCCCUUAUCAUCUAUUUGUCUCUUUUCCCAAUCUCUUUUUUUCUCUGUUUCUCCUUAUCAUCUAUUUUUCUCUGUUUCUCCAUAUCAUCUAUUUGUCCUCUCUUUUUUCUCUUUCUGUUUCUCCAUAUCAUCUAUUUGUCUCUUUUCCCAAUCUUGCUCUUUCUCUGUUUCUCCCUUAUCAUCUAUUUCUCUCUCUUUUCCCAAUCUCGCUCUUUCUCUUUUCUCUCUGUUUCUCCAUCCCAUCUAUUUGUCUCUGUUUUCCCAAUCUUGCUCUUUCUCUGCUCUUUCUCUGUUUCUCCAUAUCAUCUAUUUGUCUCUCUUUCACAAUCUCGCUCUUUCUCUGUUUCUCCAUACCAUCUAUUUGUCUCAUUUCUUUCCCAAUCUUUCUCAAUUUCUCUUUCUGUUUCUCCCUUAUCAUCUCAUCUCCCAAUUUGCUCUUUCUCUUUCUCCAUAUCUUCUAUUUGUCUCUCUUUCUCCUCUAUCAUGUUUCUUACCAUCUUUUGUCUUUCCCAAUCUCGCUCUUUCUCUGUUUCUCCAUACCAUCUAUUUGUCUCUCUUUUCCCCAAUCUCUUGCUCUUUCUGUUUCUCCAUCCAUCUAUUUGUCUCUCUUUCCCAAUCUUGCUCUUCUCUCUGUUUCUCCAUAUCAUCUAUUUGUCUCUCUUUCCCAAUCUCGCUCUGUUUUUUCUCUGUUUCUCCAUAUCAUCUAUUUGUCUCUCUUUUUCACAAUCUUGCUCUUUCUCUGUUUCCCAUAUCAUCUAUUUGUCUCUCUUUCCCAAUCUCGCUCUUUCUCUGUUUCUCCAUAUCAUCUAUUUGUCUCUUUUUCACAAUCUCGCUCUUUCUCUGUUUCUCCAUAUCAUCUAUUUGUCUCUCUUUCCCAAUCUCCUUUCUUUCUCUGUUUCUCCAUAUCAUCUAUUUGUCUCUUUUUUCUCCUUUCUCUGUUUCUCCUUUCUCUAUUUUCUCUCUUUCCCCAUUUCAUCUAUUCUGUUUGUCCUCUCUUUCUUUCCCAAUCUUGCUCUUUCUGUUUCUCCAUACCAUCUAUUUGUCUCUCUUUUCCCAAUCUCUAUUUGUCUCUCUUUCCCAAUCUUUCUCUGUUUCUCCAUAUCAUCUAUUUGUCUCUCUUUCCCAAUCACUCUUUCUCUGUUUCUCCAUAUCAUCUAUUUGUCUCUUUUUCCCAAUCUUGCUUUCUCUGUUUCUCCAUAUCAUCUAUUUGUCUCUUUUCCCCAAUCUUGCUCUUUUCUCUGUUUCUCCUUUUCCCAUCUCAUCUUUGUCUCUCCAUAUUUCCCAAUCUCUCUCUUUCUCUUUUUCUCCAUACCAUCUAUUUGUCUCUCUUUCCCAAUCUCGCUCUUUCUCUGUUUCUCCAUAUCAUCUAUUUGUCUCUUUUUCACAAUCUUGCUCUUUCUCUGUUUCUCCAUAUCAUCUAUUUGUCUCUUUUUCACAAUCUCGCUCUUUCUCUGUUUCUCCAUAUCAUCUAUUUGUCUCUCUCUUUCCCAAUCUCUAUUUGCUCUCUUUUUCUCUGUUUCUCCAUAUCAUCUAUUUGUCUCUCUUUCCCAAUCUUGCUUUUUCUCUGUUUCUCAUACCAUCUAUUUGUCUCCCUUAAUCAUCUUUUUAUUUGUCUCUCUUUCCCAAUCUUUCUAUUUUUCCCCAUCUAUUUGUCUCUCUUUUCCCAAUGCUCUUUCUCUGUUUCUCCAUAUCAUCUAUUUGUCUCUUUUCCCAAUCUCGCUCUUUCUCUGUUUCUCCCAUCAUCUAUUUGUCUCUUUUUUCCCAAUCUUGCUCUUUCUCUGUUUCUCCUUAUCAUCUAUUUGUCUCUUUUCCAAAUCUUGCUCUUUUCUGUUUCUCCUUAUCAUCUUGUCUCUUUUUCUCUGUUCUCUGUUUCUCCAUCAUCAUUUUAUCUCGUCUCUUUCUCUGUUUUUGUCUCUAUUUGUCUUUUCCCAAUCUUGCUCUUUUUCUCUGUUUCUCCAUAUCAUCUAUUUGUCUCUCUUUCCCAAUCUUGCUCUUUCUCUGUUUCUCCAUAUCAUCUAUUUGUCUCUCUUUCCCAAUCUUGCUCUUUCUCUGUUUCUCCAUAUCAUCUAUUUGUCUCUCUUUGUUUCUCUUUUCUCUGUUUCUCCAUAUCAUCUAUUUGUCUCUCUUUCCCAAUCUCGCUCUUUCUCUGUUUCUCCAUAUCAUCUAUUUGUCUCUCUUUCCCAAUCUUGCUCUUUCUCUGUUUCUCCAUAUCAUCUAUUUGUCUCUCUUUCCCAAUCUCGCUCUUUCUCUGUUUCUCCAUAUCAUCUAUUUGUCUCUCUUUCCCAAUCUCGCUCUUUCUCUGUUUCUCCAUAUCAUCUAUUUGUCUCUUUUUCCCAAUCUUGCUCUUUCUGUUUUCUCAUCUAUUUUCUCUCUUUUCCCAUCUUUUUCUCUGUUUCAUAUCAUCUUGUCUCUUUUUCUGUUUCUGUUUCCAUAUCAUCUAUUUGUCUCUUUCCCAAUCUUGCUCUUUCUCUGUUUCUCCAUACCAUCUAUUUGUCUCUCUUUCCCAAUCUCGCUCUUUCUCUGUUUCUCCAUAUCAUCUAUUUGUCUCUCUUUUCCCAAUCUCUGUUUCUCCUUUCUCUGUUUCUCCUGCAAUCUCAUCUUUCUCUUUUCUCUCUUUUUCCCAAUUUCGCUCUUUCUCUGUUUCUCCCUUACCAUCUAUUUGUCUCUUUCCCAAUCAUCUCUUUCUCUGUUUCUCCAUAUCAUCUUGUCUCUCUUUCCCUCUGCUCUUUUCUCUGUUUCUUCAUAUCAUCUAUUUGUCUCUUUCGCUCUCUCUGUUUCUCUCAUCUGUUUCUCUCUUUUCCCAAUCUCGCUCUUUCUCUGUUUCUCAUAUCAUCUAUUUGUCUCUUUUCCCAAUCUUGCUCUUUCUCUGUUUCUCCUUAUCAUCUAUUUGUCUCUCUUUCCCAAUCUUUGCUCUUUCUCUGUUUCUCCAUAUCAUCUAUUUGUCUCUCUUCCCCAAUCUUGCUCUUUCUCUGUUUCUCCAUAUCAUCUAUUUGUCUCUUUUCCUAUCUCUGUGUCUCUCUUUCUCUGUUUCUCCCUUACCAUCUAUUUGUCUCUCUUUCAAUCUCAAUCUUUCUGUUUCUCUGUUUCUAUCCUCUUUCCCAAUCUCGCUCUUUCUCUGUUUCUCCCUAUCAUCUAUUUGUCUCUCUUUCCCAAUCUCGCUCUUUCUCUGUUUUCUCCAUCUAUUUAUCUCUGUUUCUCUCUUCUUUCUCAAUUUCUCUCUUUCUGUUCUCUUUCCCAAUCUCUAUAUUUUUCUCUUUUCCAAUCAUCUAUUUGUCUCUCUUUCUCUGUUUCUCCAUAUCAUCUAUCUUUAUUUGUCUUUCUCUGUUUCCCAAUCAUCUAUUUGUCUCUUUUCUCUGUUUCUCUGUUCUCCAUAUCAUCUAUUUGUCUAUUUGUCAAUCUCGCUCUUUUCCCAAUUUGUCUCUUUUCCCAAUCUUGCCUCUUUCUCUGUUUCUCCAUAUCAUCUAUUUGUCUUUUUUCCCCAAUCUCUCUUUUUUUCUCCAUACCAUCUAUUUGUCUCUCUUUCCCAAUCUUGCUCUUUCUCUGUUUCUCCAUAUCAUCUAUUUGUCUCUCUUUCCCCAAUCUUGCUCUUUCUCUGUUUCUCCAUCAUCUAUUUGUCUCUCUUUCCCAAUCUUGCUCUUUCUCUGUUUCUCCCAUAUCAUCUAUUUGUCUCUCUUUCCCAAUCUUGCUCUUUCUCUGUUUCUCCAUAUCAUCUAUUUGUCUCUUUUUUCCCAAUCUCUGUUUCUCCUUUCUCUGUCUCUUUCCUUAUCAUCUAUUUGUCUCUCUUUUCAUCAAUUUGUCUCUUUCUCUGUUUCUUCUCCUUAUCAUCUAUUUGUCUCUCUUUCCCAAUCUCGCUCUUUCUCUGUUUCUCCAUAUCAUCUCUUUGUCUCUUUUUCCCAAUCUUGCUCUUUCUCUGUUUCUCCAUAUCAUCUAUUUGUCUCUCUUUCCCAAUAUCGCUCUUUCUCUGUUUCUCCAUAUCAUCUAUUUGUCUCUUUUUCCCAAUCUUGCUCUUUUUCUCUGUUUCUCCAUACCAUCUAUUUGUUUCUCUCUUUUCCUAUUUUUCUUUCUCUUUUCUCCAUAUCAAUUUGUCUCUGUUUCCCAAUCUGCUCUUUUCUCUGUUUCUCCAUAUCAUCUAUUUGUCUCUUUUUCUCUUUCUCUGUUUCUCUCUUUUCUCCCAAUCUCUUUCUCUGUUUCUCUUUCUCUUUCUUGCUCUUUUCUGUUUCUCCAUAUCAUCUAUUUGUCUCUCUUUCCCAAUCUCGCUCUUUCUCUGUUUCUCCUUACACCAUCUAUUUGUCUCUUUUUCCAAUCUUCCUUUCCCAAUCUUUCUCUCUGUUUCUCCAUAUCAUCUAUUUGUCUCUUUUUCCCAAUCUUGCUCUUUCUCUGUUUCUCCAUAUCAUCUAUUUGUCUCUUUUUCCCCAAUCUCGCUCUUUCUCUGUUUCUCCUUAUCAUCUUUUUUGUCUCUUCUUUUUCUCCAAUCUUGCUCUUUUCUCUGUUUCUCCAUAUCAUCUAUUUGUCUCUUUUUCCCAAUCUUUGCUCUUUCUCUGUUUCUCCCAUAUCAUCUGUUGUCUCUCUUUUCCCAAUUUGCUCUUCUCUGUUUCUCCAUAUCAUCUAUUUGUCUUUUCUUUUCUCUGUUUCUCCAUCAUCUAUUUGUCUCUUUUUCCCAAUUUGCUCUUUUCUCUUUUUCCAUAAUCUAUUUUGUCUCUCUUUCUGUUUCUCCAUAUCAUCUAUUUGUCUCUUUUUUCCAAUCUUGCUCUUUCUCUGUUUCUCCAUAUCAUCUAUUUGUCUCUCUUUUCCCAAUCUCGCUCUUUCUCUGUUUCUCCAUAUCAUCUAUUUGUCUCUCUUUCCCAAUCUCGCUCUUUCUCUGUGUUUCUCCCAUAUCAUCUAUUUGUCCUACCAUCUAUUUGUCUUUCUUUUCCAAUCUCGCUCUUUCUCUGUUUCUCCAUACCAUCUAUUUGUCUCUCUUUUCCAAUCUUGCUCUUUCUCUGUUUCUCCAUAUCAUCUAUUUGUCUCUUUUCCCAAUCUCGCUCUUUCUCUGUUUCUCCAUAUCAUCUAUUUUCUCUCUUUCCCAAUCUUGCUCUUUCUCUGUUUCUCCAUAUCAUCUAUUUGUCUCUCUUUCCCAAUCUCGCUCUUUCUCUGUUUCUCCAUAUCAUCUAUUUGUCUUUCUCUGUUUUUCCCAAUCUCGCUCUUUCUCUGUUUCUCCAUAUCAUCUAUUUGUCUCUUUUUCCCAAUUUGUCUUUCUCUGUUUCUCCAUAUCAUCUAUUUGUCUCUCUUUCCCAAUCUGCUCUUUCUCUGUUUCUCCAUAUCAUCUAUUUGUCUCUCUUUCCCAAUCUUGCUCUUUUUCUCUGUUUCUCCAUAUCAUCUAUUUGUCUCUUUUUUCACAAUCUCUUUCUCUGUUUCUCCAUAUCAUCUAUUUGUCUCUCUUUCCCAAUCUUGCUCUUUCUCUGUUUCUCCAUACCAUCUAUUUGUCUCUCUUUCCCAAUCUUGCUCUCUUUCUCUGUUUCUCCAUAUCAUCUAUUUGUCUCUUUUCACAAUCUCCUCUUUCUCUGUUUCUCCAUCAUCUAUUUGUCUCUCUUUCCCAAUCUUGCUCUUUCUCUGUUUCUCCAUAUCAUCUAUUUGUCUCUCUUUCCCAAUCUCGCUCUUUCUCUGUUUCUCCUUAUCAUCUAUUUGUCUCUUUUCCUAAUCUUGCUCUUUCUCUGUUUCAUCCUUAUCAUCUAUUUGUCUCUCGCUUUUCUUUUUCUCUUUCUCUCUUUCUCUUUUCUCUCUGUUUCCAUAUCAUCUAUUUGUCUCUCUUUUCCCAAUCUUGCUCUUUCUCUGUUUCUCCAUAUCAUCUAUUUGUCUCUCUUUUCCCAAUCUUGCUCUUUCUCUGUUUUCUCUGUUUCUCCAUAUCAUCUAUUUUUCUCUGUUUUCCCAAUCUAUUUGUCUCUUUCUCUGUUUCUCCCAUUUCAUAUCAUAUUUGUCUCUCUUUCCCAAUCUUGCUCUUUCUCUGUUUCUCCAUAUCAUCAUCUCUUUUUCAAUCUCUCUUUCUCUGUUUCUCCAUACCAUCUAUUUGUCUCUCUUUCCAAUCUCUUUCUCUGUUUCUCCAUCUAUUUGUCUCUCUUUCCCAAUCUUGCUCUUUUUCUGUUUCUCCAUAUCAUCUAUUUGUCUCUCUUUCCCAAUCUUGCUCUUUCUCUGUUUCUCCAUAUCAUCUAUUUGUCUCUUUUCCCAAUCUUGCUUUUUCUCUGUUUCUCCAUAUCAUCUAUUUGUCUCUCUUUCCCAAUCUCGCUCUUUCUCUGUUUCUCCAUAUCAUCUAUUUGUCUCUGUUUCUCCAUCUAUUUAUCAUCUUUCCCAAUUUGCUCUUUCUCUGUUUCUCCAUAUCAUCUAUUUGUCUCUCUUUUCCCAAUCUUGCUCUUUCUCUUUUCUCCAUAUCAUCUAUUUGUCUCUUUUCCCAAUCUUCUCUUUCUCUGUUUCUCCAUAUCAUCUAUUUGUCUCUUUUCACAAUCUCGCUCUUUUCUCUGUUUCUCCAUAUCAUCUAUUUGUCUCUUUUUCCCAAUCUUGCUCUUUCUCUGUUUCUCCAUAUCAUCUAUUUGUCUCUCUUUCCCAAUCUUGCUCUUUCUCUGUUUCUCCAUAUCAUCUAUUUGUCUCUCUUUUCCCAAUCUUCGCUCUUUCUGUUUCUCCAUAUCAUCUAUUUGUCUCUCUUUUCCAAUCUCGCUCUUUCUCUGUUUCUCCAUAUCAUCUAUUUGUCUCUCUUUUCCCAAUCUUGCUCUUUUCUCUGUUUCUCCAUAUCAUCUUGCUCUUUCUGUUUCUCCAUAUCAUCCUUGUCUCCAAUCUCGCUCUUUCUCUGUUUCUCCAAUCUCUAUUUGUCUCUUUUUCACAAUUUCUCUCUGUUUCUCCAUAUCAUCUAUUUGUCUCUUUUUCACAAUCUCGCUUUUUCUCUGUUUCUCCAUAUCAUCUAUUUGUCUCUUUUUCACAAUCUCGCUCUUUCUCUGUUUCUCCAUAUCAUCUAUUUGUCUCAUUUUCACAAUCUUGCUCUUUCUCUGUUUCUCCAUAUCAUCUAUUUGUCUCUUUUUCACAAUCUCGCUCUUUCUCUGUUUCUCCAUAUCAUCUAUUUGUCUCUCUUUCCCAAUCUCGCUCUUUCUCUGUUUCUUCAUACCAUCUAUUUGUCUCUUUUUCACAAUCUCGCUUUUUCUCUGUUUCUCCAUAUCAUCUAUUUGUCUCAUUUUCACAAUCUCGCUCUUUCUCUGUUUCUCCAUAUCAUCUAUUUGUCUCUUUUUCACAAUCUUGCUCUUUCUCUGUUUCUCCAUAUCAUCUAUUUGUCUCUUUUUCCCAAUCUUGCUCUUUCUCUGUUUCUCAUAUCAUCAUCUCUUUUUCUCGCUCUUUCUCUGUUUCUCCCAUACCAUCUUUGUCUCUCUUUUCCCAAUCUUGCUCUUUCUCUGUUUCUCCAUAUCAUCUAUUUUCUCUCUUUUCCCAAUCUCGCUCUUUCUCUGUUUCUCCAUACCAUCUAUUUGUCUCUCUUUCCCAAUCUUGCUCUUUCUCUGUUUCUCCAUGUCAUCUAUUUCUCUCUUUCCCAAUCUUGCUCUUUCUCUGUUUCUCCAUAUCAUCUAUUUGUCUCUCUUUCCCAAUUCUGUUUCUCCAUAUCAUCUAUUUGUCUCUUUUUCCCAAUCUUGCUCUUUUCUCUGUUUCUCCAUAUCAUCUAUUUGUCUCUUUUCCCAAUCUCGCUCUUUCUCUGUUUCUCCAUAUCAUCUAUUUGUCUCUUUCCCAAUCUCGCUCUUUCUCUGUUUCUCCAUAUCAUCUAUUUGUCUCUUUUCCCAAUGCUCCUCUUUCUCUGUUUCUCCAUCAUCUAUUGUCUCUUUUUUGCUCUUUCUCUGUUUUCCCAUUUGUCUCUCUUUUUUCCCAAUCUUGCUCUUUCUCUGUUUCUCCAUAUCAUCUAUUUGUCUCCCUUUCCCAAUCUUGCUCUUUCUCUGUUUCUCCAUAUCAUCUAUUUGUCUCUCUUUCCCAAUCUUUCUGUUUUCUCUGUUUCUCCAUAUCAUCUAUUUGUCUCUCUUUCCCAAUCUUGCUCUUUCUCUGUUUCUCCUAUCAUCUAUUUUCUCCUUUUUAUCUUGCUCUUUCUCUGUUUCUAUUUGUCUCUCUUUUCCCAAUCUCGCUCUUUUCUCUGUUUCUCCAUAUCAUCUAUUUGUCUCUUUUUCACAAUCUUGCUCUUUCUCUGUUUCUCCAUAUCAUCUAUUUGUCUCUCUUUCCCAAUCUCGCUCUUUCUCUGUUUCUCCAUACCAUCUAUUUGUCUCUCUUUCCCAAUCUUGCUCUUUCUCUGUUUCUCCAUAUCAUCUAUUUGUCUCUCUUUCCCAAUCUCGCUCUUUCUCUGUUUCUCCAUAUCAUCUAUUUGUCUCUUUUUCACAAUCUUGCUCUUUCUCUGUUUCUCCAUAUCAUCUAUUUGUCUCUCUUUCCCAAUCUCGCUCUUUCUCUGUUUCUCCAUAUCAUCUAUUUGUCUCUCUUUCCCAAUCUUGCUCUUUCUCUGUUUCUCCAUACCAUCUAUUUGUCUCUCUUUCCCAAUCUCGCUCUUUCUCUGUUUCUCCAUAUCAUCUAUUUGUCUCUCUUUCCCAAUCUCGCUCUUUCUCUGUUUCUCCAUAUCAUCUAUUUGUCUCUUUCCCAAUCUCUCUCUGUUUCCCACCAUCUUGUCUCUCUUUUCUGCUCUUUUCUCCAUAUCAUCUAUUUGUCUCUCUUUCCCAAUCUCGCUCUUUCUCUGUUUCUCCAUAUCAUCUAUUUGUCUCUUUUUCACAAUCUCGCUCUUUCUCUGUUUCUCCAUAUCAUCUAUUUGUCUCUCUUUCCCAAUCUUGCUCUUUCUCUGUUUCUCCAUAUCAUCUAUUUGUCUCUCUUUUCCCAAUCUCGCUCUUUCUCUGUUUCUCCAUAUCAUCUAUUUGUCUCAUUUUCACAAUCUUGCUCUUUCUCUGUUUCUCCAUAUCAUCUAUUUGUCUCUUUUUCACAAUCUCGCUCUUUCUCUGUUUCUCCAUAUCAUCUAUUUGUCUCUUUUCCCAAUCUCGCUCUUUCUCUGUUUCUCCAUAUCAUCUAUUUGUCUCUCUUUCCCAAUCUCGCUCUUUCUCUGUUUCUCCAUAUCAUCUAUUUGUCUCUCUUUCCCAAUCUUGCUCUUUCUCUGUUUCUCCAUAUCAUCUAUUUGUCUCUUUCCCAAUCUUGCUCUUUCUCUGUUUCUCCAUAUCAUGUAUUUGUCUCUUUUUCCCAAUCUCCUCUUUCUCUGUUUUCUCAUCUAUUUGUCUCUCUUUCUCUGUCUUUCUCUGUUUCUCCAUAUCUCUUUGUCUCUCUUUCCCAAUCUGCUCUGUUUUCUCUGUUUCUCAUAUCAUCUAUUUUCUCUUUCCCAAUGUCUUUGUCUCUGUUUUCCAUAUCAAUCUUGUCUCUUUCCCUCUGCUCUUUUUCUCCUCCAUAUCAUCUAUUUGUCUUUGUCUCUCUUUCCCAAUCUCGUCUCUUUUUUCUCUGUUUCUCUGUUUCUAUCAUCUAUUUGUCUCUCUUUUCCCAAUCUUGCUCUUUCUCUGUUUCUCCAUAUCAUCUAUUUGUCUCUCUUUCCCAAUCUCGCUCUUUCUCUGUUUCUCCCAUCAUCUAUUUGUCUCUCUUUUCCCAAUCUCGCUCUUUCUCUGUUUCUCCAUAUCAUCUAUUUGUCUCUCUUUCCCAAUCUUGCUCUUUCUCUGUUUCUCCUUACCAUCUAUUUGUCUCUUUUCAAUCUUGCUCUUUCUCUGUUUCUCAUACCAUUUAUUUGUCUUUCCCAAUCUCGCUCUUUCUCUGUUUCUCCAUACCAUCUAUUUGUCUCUCUUUCCCAAUCUCGCUCUUUCUCUGUUUCUCCAUACCAUCUAUUUGUCUCUCUUUCCCAAUCUUGCUCUUUCUCUGUUUCUCCAUAUCAUCUAUUUGUCUCUCUUUUCCCAAUCUCGCUCUUUCUCUGUUUCUCCAUAUCAUCUAUUUGUCUCUCUUUUCUCCUUAUCAUCAAUCUUGCUCUUUCUCUGUUUCUCCAUAUCAUCUAUUUGUCUCUCUUUCCCAAUCUCGCUCUUUCUCUGUUUCUCCAUUUAUCAUCUAUUUGUCUCUCUGUUUUUCCCAAUCUUGCUCUUUCUCUGUUUCUCCAUAUCAUCUAUUUGUCUCUCUUUCCCAAUCUCGCUCUUUCUCUGUUUCUCCAUAUCAUCUAUUUGUCUCUUUUUCACAAUCUCGCUCUUUCUCUGUUUCUCCCUUUUUCAUCUGUCUUUCUUUUCCCAAUCCUUGCUCUUUCCCAAUUUCUGUUUCUCCAUAUCAUCUAUUUGUCUCUUUUCCCAAUCUCGCUCUUUCUCUGUUUCUCCAUACCAUCUAUUUGUCUCUCUUUCCCAAUCUUGCUCUUUCUCUGUUUCUCCAUAUCAUCUAUUUGUCUCUCUUUCCCAAUCUCGCUCUUUCUCUGUUUCUCCAUAUCAUCUAUUUGUCUCUUUUUCACAAUCUCGCUCUUUCUCUGUUUCUCCAUAUCAUCUAUUUGUCUCUUUUUCACAAUCUCGCUCUUUCUCUGUUUCUCCUUAUCAUCUAUUUGUCUCUUUUUCACAAUCUCGCUCUUUCUCUGUUUCUCCAUAUCAUCUAUUUGUCUCUCUUUCCUCAAUCUGUUUCUCCAUUCUCUAUUUUCUCUCCCAAUCUUUCUUUCUCUGUUUCUCCAUAUCAUCUAUUUGUCUCUUUUUCUAUUUGUUUCUCCAUAUCAUCUAUUUGUCUCUCUUUCCCAAUCUUGCUCUUUCUCUGUUUCUCCAUAUCAUCUAUUUGUCUCUCUUUCCCAAUCUCGCUCUGUUUCUCUGUUUCUCCCAAUCUCAUCUUUCUUUAUCUCUUUCCAAUUUGUCUCUCUUUUUCUGUUUCUCCAUAUCAUCUAUUUGUCUCUCUUUCCCAAUCUCGCUCUUUCUCUGUUUCUCCAUAUCAUCUAUUUGUCUCUUUUUCACAAUCUUGCUCUUUCUCUGUUUCUCCAUAUCAUCUAUUUGUCUCUCUUUCCCAAUCUUGCUCUUUCUCUGUUUCUCCAUAUCAUCUAUUUGUCUCUUUUUCACAAUCUCGCUCUUUCUCUGUUUCUCCAUACCAUCUAUUUGUCUCUCUUUCCCAAUCUUGCUCUUUCUCUGUUUCUCCAUAUCAUCUAUUUGUCUCUCUUUCCCAAUCUCGCUCUUUCUCUGUUUCUCCAUAUCAUCUAUUUGUCUCUUUUUCACAAUCUUGCUCUUUCUCUUUUUUUCCAUAUCAUCUAUUUGUCUCUCUUUCCCAAUCUGUUUCUCUGUUUCUCCAUCUCAUCUAUUUGUCUCUUUUCCACAAUCUUGCUCUUUCUCUGUUUCUCCAUAUCAUCUAUUUGUCUCUCUUUUCUGUUUCCAAUCAUCUAUUUGUCUCUCUUUCCCAAUCUUGCUCUCUUUCUCUGUUCUCCAUAUCAUCUAUUCAUCUCUCUUUCCCAAUCUCGCUCUUUUCUCUGUUUCUCCAUACCAUCUAUUUGUCUCUCUUUCCCAAUCUUGCUCUUUCUCUGUUUCUCCAUAUCAUCUAUUUGUCUCUCUUUCCCAAUCUUGCUCUUUCUCUGUUUCUCCAUAUCAUCAUCUCUUUUGCUCUCUCUUUCCCAAUCUAUUUGCUCUUUCUCUCUCUGUUUCUCCAUAUCAUCUUUUGUCUCUUUCCCAAUCUUGCUCUUUCUCUGUUUCUCCAUAUCAUCUAUUUGCUCUUUCUCUUUCCCAUUUGUCUCUCUUUUCAAUCUUGCUCUUUUCUCUGUUUCUCCAUAUCAUCUAUUUGUCUCUCUUUCCCAAUCUUGCUCUUUCUCUGUUUCUCCAUAUCAUCUAUUUGUCUCUCUUUUCCCAAUCUCGCUCUUUCUCUGUUUCUCCAUAUCAUCUCCCAAUCUUGCUCUUUCUCUGUUUCUCCAUCAUCUCGCUCUUUUCUCUGUUUCUCCAUAUCAUCUAUUUGUCUCUCUUUCCCAAUCUCUCUUUCCCAAUCUCUUUUCUUUUCUCUGUUUCUCCAUAUCAUCUAUUUGUCUCUUUUUCACAAUCUCGCUCUUUCUCUGUUUCUCCAUAUCAUCUAUUUGUCUCUUUUUUCCUCUUUCUCUGUUUCUCCUUUCAUCUAUUUUCUCUCUUUCCCAAUCUAUUUUUCUCUGUUUCUCCAUAUCAUCUAUUUGUCUCUCUUUCCUCUGUUUCUGUUUCUCCAUAUCAUCUAUUUGUCUCUCUUUCCCAAUCUCGCUCUUUCUCUGUUUCUCCAUACCAUCUAUUUCUCUCUCUUUCCCAAUCUCGCUCUUUCUCUGUUUCUCCAUAUCAUCUAUUUGUCUCUCUUUCCCAAUCUCGCUCUUUCUCUGUUUCUCCAUAUCAUCUAUUUGUCUCUCUUUCCCAAUCUCGCUCUUUCUCUGUUUCUCCAUAUCAUCUAUUUGUCUCUCUUUCCCAAUCUCGCUCUUUUCUGUUUCUCCCAUAUCAUCUAUUUGUCUCUCUUUCCCAAUCUCGCACUUUCUCUGUUUCUCCAUAUCAUCUAUUUGUCUCUUUUCCCAAUCUCGCUCUUUCUCUGUUUCUCCAUACCAUCUAUUUCUCUCUCUUUCCCAAUCUCGCUCUUUCUGUUUCUCCAUACCAUCUAUUUGUCUCUCUUUCUCUUUCUCUGUUUCAUUCAUCCAAUCAUCUAUCUGUUUUCUCUUUCCCCAAUCUUGCUCUUUCUCUGUUUCUCCAUACCAUCUAUAUUUCUCUCUUUUCCCAAUCUCGCUCUUUCUCUGUUUCUCCAUACCAUCUAUUUGUCUCUCUUUUCCCAAUCUCGCUCUUUCUCUGUUUCUCCAUACCAUCAUCUAUUUGUCUCUCUUUCUCUGUUUCCCAAUCUCGCUCUUUUUUCUCUCUUUUUGUUUCCAUAUCAUCUAUUUGUCUCUUUUCCCAAUCUCGCUCUUUCUCUGUUUCUCCAUAUCAUCUAUUUGUCUCUCUUUCCCAAUCUCGCUCUUUCUCUGUUUCUCCAUAUCAUCUAUUUGUCUCUCUUUCCCAAUCUCGCUCUUUCUCUGUUUCUCCAUAUCAUCUAUUUGUCUCUCUUUCCCAAUCUUUCUCUGUUUCUCCAUAUCAUCUAUUUGUUCCCCCAAUCUCGCUCUUUCUCUGUUUCUCCAUAUCAUCUAUUUGUCUCUCUUUCCCAAUCUCGCUCUUUCUCUGUUUCUCCAUACCAUCUAUUUGUCUCUCUUUCCCAAUCUCGCUCUUUCUCUGUUUCUCCAUACCAUCUAUUUGUCUCUCUUUCACAAUCUCGCUCUUUCUCUGUUUCUCAAUACCAUCUUUCUCUGUUCUCCAUACCAUCUAUUUGUCUCUCUCAAUCUCGCUCUUUUUCUCUGUUUCUCCAUAUCAUCUAUUUGUCUCUCUUUCCCAAUCUCGCUCUUUCUCUGUUUCUCCAUACCUCUAUUUGUCUUUUUCACAAUCUUGCUCUUUCUCUGUUUCUCCAUAUCAUCUAUUUGUCUCUUUUUCACAAUCUCGCUCUUUCUCUGUUUCUCCAUAUCAUCUAUUUGUCUCUUUUUCACAAUCUCGCUUUUCUCUGUUUCUCCAUAUCAUCUAUUUGUCUCUUUUUCACAAUCUCGCUCUUUCUCUGUUUCUCCAUAUCAUCUAUUUGUCUCAUUUUCACAAUCUCGCUCUUUCUCUGUUUCUCCAUAUCAUCUAUUUGUCUCUUUCCCAAUCUCUCUUUCUCUGUUUCUCCAUAUCAUCUAUUUGUCUCUCUUUCAAUCUCUCUUUCUCUGUUUCUCCAUAUCAUCUAUUUCUCUCUCUUUCUCUGUUUCUCCAUCUUUCUCUGUUUCUCCAUACCAUCUAUUUGUCUCCCUUUCCCAAUCUCAAUCUCGCUCUUUCUCUGUUUCUCCAUACCAUCUAUUUCUCUCUCUUUCCCAAUCUCGCUCUUUCUCUGUUUCUCCAUAUCAUCUAUUUGUCUCUCUUUCCCAAUCUCGCUCUUUCUCUGUUUCUCCAUACCAUCUAUUUUCUCUCUUUCCCAAUCUCUCGCUCUUUCUCUGUUUCUCCAUAUCAUCUAUUUUCCCAAUCUCUCUCUUUCCCAAUCUCGCUCUUUCUCUGUUUCUCCAUACAUCAUCUAUUUGUCUCUCUUUUCCCAAUCUCGCUCUUUCUCUGUUUCUCCAUAUCAUCAUUUGUCUCUUUUCAAUCUCGCUCUUUCUCUGUUUCUCCAUACCAUCAUUUAUCUCUCUUCCCAAUCUCGCUCUUUCUCUGUUUCUCCAUAUCAUCUAUUGUCUCUCCUUUCCCAAUCUCUCUCUUUCUCUGUUUCUCCAUACCAUUUAUUUUCUCUUUCACAAUCUCGCUCUUUCUCUGUCUCUCUUUACCAUCUAUUUAUCUCUUUUCCCAAUCUCGCUCUUUUCUCUGUCUCCAUACCAUCUAUUUCUCUCUUUUCCCAAUCUCGCUCUUUCUCUGUUUCUCCAUACCAUCUAUUUGUCUCCCUUUCCCACUCUCGCUCUUUCUCUGUUUCUCCAUACUAUCAAUUUGUCUCCCUUUCACAACCUCGCUCUUUCUCUGUUUCUCCAUACCAUCUCUCUAUCUAUCUAUCUAUCUAUCUAUCUAUCUAUCUAUCAAGCUAACUAG